AAAAAAAGAGAAAAACCCGAGCAGGUAUACGUUCCUCUCGCCUCGUCCUCCCCACAAAUUCCCGACCCUGCCAAAUCCCAAUCGCUUUUAAAUUCGAGAUUUUAUUGUCCGCCUUCCCCGACGCGCAGCUGCCUCGCUGCCCCGGUGCUGCUGCUCCCCUCCCACCCGCCGCGCCCCGCCGACGCCUCCGCCGAUGGACCGGGAAGAAGUGACGGAGUUCCUGGGCCAGGUGCCCCUCCUGCAGUGCCUCCCCGGCUCCUCCAUCCGCAGGAUCGCCGAGGCCGUCCAGGUCAAGCACUACGAACCUGGUGAUUAUCUUGCCCGUGAAGGUGAACCCGUAGAUGGCCUUUGCAUCAUAUUGGAUGGGCAGGCUGAAGUUUCUGCUCCUGCAAACACAGAAGAAGCAAACCGUCCAGACUAUGUGUUAAAUAAGUAUGACUACUUUGGUUACGGGACCAAUAGUUCUGUACAUCAAGUAAAUGUUAUUGCCGUGACAAAGCUGUCCUGCUUUGUAUUGCCGAGUCAAUAUGGACAUCUGCUGCAAACCAAGACAAUUUGGAAUGCAGAAGAAACACCUGAAAGCCAUUCAUUGAUGGAACAAAUUUUACAUUUAGAGAAAUUAGAGGUUGAUAUAUUUCGUGGAUUUACUUUGCCAGAAGCUCCAACUUUUAAUCAAGUUUUUGGAGGACAAUUGAUUGGGCAGGCACUAGCAGCAGCAUCCAAGACUGUCGAUUGCCUGAAACUUGUGCAUAGUCUGCAUGCAAUUUUUCUAAUAGCAGGAGACAAUAAUAUGCCAAUAAUAUAUCAAGUGCAUCGGGAGCGUGAUGGAACCAGCUUUGCCACCAGAAAAGUGGAGGCAAAGCAGAAAGGCCUUGUUAUGUUCACUUUAAUUGUUUCUUUCCAGAAGGAAGAAUUAGGGUUUGAGCAUCAGGCUGCAAUCAUGCCUGUCGUUCCUCCUCCAGAACAGCUCCUGAAUAUGGAGGAGAUACGGGAAAGAAGACUCACUGAUCCACGGUUUCCGAUGCAAUAUAGGAACUCAGCUGCCAAGAAAAAGUUUGUACCUUGGCCCAUUGAAAUGAGGUUCUGCCAAGAUUCUAAAUCUCAGCAUGAACCAAGCCUGCAUUAUUGGUUUAGAGCUAGAGGAAAACUUUCGGAUGAUCCAGCUCUGCAUAGAUGCGUUGUAGCAUAUGCUUCGGAUCUACUAUAUUCAGGCGUCAGCCUAAAUCCGCACCGUAAGAGGGGUUUGAAGACAUACUCUCUCAGUCUUGAUCACUCGAUGUGGUUCCACAAGCCUGUGAAAGCUGAUGACUGGUUGUUAUAUGUGGUAAGCUAUUGGCUUGUUCUUCAAUUGAUCAUGGUAGAAAUAAAAUUUGUUCAAGAGGCUCUCAUCUCAAUGUCAUCCUCCCUUCAUGAACACAGAUCGACAGCCCAUCCGCACAUGGUGGCAGGGGAUUCGUCACCGGACGUAUGUUCAACCGGCAAGGAGAGCUUAUUGUGUCGCUGACCCAAGAGGCGUUGAUUAGGAGGGCCAAGACACCCGGGCAAACCCCAAGGCCGAAGCUUUGAGAUGUGCAGAAGAGCCAUGGCUGUACUUUAAUAUUUUCUUUCCCCUUGCUGUUCCGUAUUUUUAUCUUAUAUAGUACACGGAGACAAUGGUGAGAUUUAUGUAUAGGAGUACAGCUUACAGCUUGAAUUUGGCACACAUGUGAACGAUUGUAUCCUCGCAUGCUGAUUCACAUUCAGGUUUUCCUUUGCAUAUGUGGAUGGCAAUUGCCAUCCAACACGCGGCACAUGAAUGUAGACAGAUGUACCUCAAAUUCAAAGUUUUGCAA